AUGGCUGAAUUUGUGGUGAGCAAGUAUGAGGAGGAACUUGAGAAAUUCAAACAACUUGAAAAAGAUCGGGAGAAAAAUAUGCAUAGCAGGCAACAACUCGAAGGACAGUUAACGGAGAACAAUCUUAUUCGAACGGAACUUAAUCUUUUGGGCGAUGACGCGAAAGUUUACAAGUUAAUUGGUCCUGUACUGGUCAAGCAAGAUCUUGCUGAAGCGAAACAGAAUGUUGAAAAACGUAUCGAUUAUAUCACUUCAGAAAUGUAA